CCCUCCCCCAGCUCCAGAAGAGCGCGCGGCCAGGAGAUCGGGCUGGUUACUUCCUCCACCGCGGCGCUGAGCACGGAGUGGACACCACCAAGGCCCGCCAGUCCCCGCCACCGUCCCCGGCCCCGCGCGCCCGGAUCGGCCCUACGCCCUCGUCUCGCCCGGCCUCGCGCGCCGGGACCGCCGCGAUCUCCUCUCUUCGCCGCCCUCCGGCUGGCCCUGCCCGCUGCGGCGCGAUGAAUGACUUUGGAAUCAAGAACAUGGACCAAGUGGCCCCUGUUGCCAACAGUUUUCGAGGGACACUCAAGCGCCAGCCAGCCUUUGACACCUUUGAUGGCUCUCUGUUUGCCAUGCUCCCUUCUCUCAGUGAAGAGCAGACACUCCAAGAAGUGCCCACAGGCUUGGAUUCUGUCUCCCAUGACUCAGCCAGCUGCGAGCUGCCUUUGCUCACUCCCUGCAGCAAGGCGGUGAUGAGCCAAGCCUUAAAAGCCACCUUCAGUGGCUUCCACAAGGAGCAGCGGCGUCUUGGCAUUCCCAAAAACCCCUGGCUGUGGACCGAGCAGCAGGUGUGCCAGUGGCUGCUCUGGGCCACCAACGAGUUCAGCCUGGUGAAUGUGAACCUGCAGCGGUUUGGCAUGAAUGGCCAGAUGCUGUGUAACCUCGGCAAGGAGCGCUUUCUGGAGCUGGCGCCUGACUUUGUGGGUGACAUCCUCUGGGAACAUCUGGAGCAGAUGAUUAAAGAGAACCAAGAGAAGAUGGAAGACCAAUAUGAGGAAAACUCACACCUCAAUGCAGUUCCUCAUUGGAUCAACAGCAAUACAUUAGGCUUCGGCAUGGAGCAGGCUCCAUAUGGAAUGCAAGCACCGAGCUAUCCCAAAGACAGCCUCCUGGACAGCAUAUGCCCGCCGUCGGCCACGCCUGCAACUCUCGGCUCUGAACAGGAGCUCCAGAUGUUGCCCAAGUCUCGGCUCAACACCGUCAGUGUCAAUUACUGUUCCAUGAGCCAGGACUUCCCUGGCGGCAACUUGAAUUUGCUCAACAACAGUUCUGGAAAACCCAAGGACCAUGAUUCUCCAGAGAAUGGUGGGGACAGCUUCGAAAGCUCCGACUCGCUGCUGAGGUCCUGGAACAGCCAGUCGUCCCUACUGGAUGUGCAGCGGGUACCUUCCUUCGAGAGCUUUGAGGAGGACUGUAGCCAAUCUCUGUGCCUCGGUAAGCCGACCAUGUCCUUCAAGGACUACAUCCAAGAGAGGAGCGACCCAGUUGAGCAAGGCAAACCAGUUAUUCCUGCAGCAGUACUGGCCGGCUUCACUGGAAGUGGACCAAUCCAACUGUGGCAGUUUCUUCUGGAGCUACUCUCUGACAAAUCCUGUCAAUCUUUCAUCAGCUGGACGGGAGAUGGAUGGGAGUUCAAGCUCGCUGACCCUGAUGAGGUGGCCCGUCGGUGGGGAAAGAGGAAAAAUAAGCCAAAGAUGAACUACGAGAAGCUGAGCCGGGGCUUACGCUACUACUAUGACAAAAACAUCAUUCACAAGACGUCGGGCAAGCGUUAUGUGUACCGUUUCGUGUGCGACCUGCAGAACUUGCUGGGCUUCACUCCGGAGGAACUGCAUGCCAUCCUGGGCGUUCAGCCUGAUACAGAAGACUGAGGUCCUCAGGACCACCCUGAGCCAGCCCCGGGCCUGGGGACUGAGUGGGAAACCCGUCCUGACCCACUUGCUCCAAAGACCCCUGGGAGAGCAGGAUGGGACCCCUUUGGGGAGAGCCACCAAGCAGCAGUGGUCUUUCAUCUCCCCGCCUCUUCCACAAGCCAACGCCCCAUGGUGGAAACCGACACAGCUUCUCUGUCCUGUGUGAGUCCCCCAAGGGAAGAGUCUCUGGGAAGCCACCGUGGCACGGAGCAGGCCGUGUGCAGAUCACAAUAGUUGUGGCUAUUUGAGAUGCUUCAGGGAGCCAGCAUGUGGUGGAUACACAGACACUGAAAAACAUUGUUUUUCCUUUGGCCUUUUGCCACCAGGAGUAGCAAAUGCAAAAGCCACCUCCACUUGAGAGGGCCAGGCAAGUGGAAGGGAGUGAUUGUUCCAUUUCAGAAGUCAGUUUGUUUGUACAUAUUAUUGUAUCUUAUAAUUGUCCGAAUCCUCCAACAGUUCUAUUUAACAGAAAUUGUAUAUUGUAUUUAAAGUAAUUAUAACUUGUCUGAAUCAAGAAUGCAGAUACUUGAUAGGUUAUCCAUUUUUGUUUUUUGUUUUGUUUUGUUUUCACUAGUACAUAGGAAUGUCAUUUUACACGGAUUUAAUCUCUUAGGGACCAACUGAGAGAAAUCAUAAUGUUUUUGUUUUAUUUACCAGCAGGAAUGGGGUCUGAAGGAUGAUCCUGGUUUUUACUUUUGUUCUGUUGUUAAUGUUGUUCAUUAUCUGACCAGGACUUUGUAUAUUGGGUUGGUUUUUUGUUUUGUUUGUUUUUAAUAAGAAACUUAAUGUUAUUAUUUGAGGGUCCAUAUGGCCUCUCCACUCUCCUGGACUGUAAAAGCUGUAAAGCAGUGUUUUUCUUGACAAAUGGCACAUGUUUUCCACUUCCCUGCAUGCCUUAAGCCAGUUUAUACGCAAAUGUAUUUUAUUUUUUGGCAUAACUGUGUUUUCCAGGCAACUCCCCUGCCCCUAGCCAGUCCUUCCCUUCCUUCGCCCCAAGGUAUUCUGUGUGACUACAAUAAGAAGACUAUUUUUGGAAAUAUAUGACUCCUUUUCAGAUAUCAGAAGGGAUUUAUGUAGCAGCUAUUUUUACUGCAAAAGUAACUCACUGGAAAAAAAAAUUGCAAUUUGUACGAAAGCUUUAUUUUUAUCUUAGUCAUGUAAAGAGAGAUGUGUGGGGCAGGGCUGAGGCCAAUCAGGAGGGAUCUUCCGUCAGCUUUGACCUUAAAUGAAGCGUGGUGCUUCCUGGCUCGCUGACCUGCUAUGUCUCUUACCAUCCGGGCUGCAUGCUCCUCUUUCUGCUCCGUGUGCUCAGAGAGUUUGCUCUUCUUUUUUUUUUUUUUUUUGGCCAUGGAUACCCAGAAGCACAGACAGGGCAAGCACGCUGGGGAACGGUGUGUUGGAGCAGUUUGUAGGAGGUUCUUAUCUGGUGAAGAGUUAACUUCACCGUGAGACCCCACACUCUCAUCCAGUUGUAUGGUUUCUUAAAGUGCACGGGCAUCGCCAUUUACCAGCAUGGUGGCCUCUGACCAGCAAGUGACAUUGAUAAAAAGCCCUUAUAUCAUAAGACCCCACAGGGGACACAGAACCAGCUGGGACCUGCUUUGCCAGCGCUGGGAUGUCUUGGCCUGCAUGCCCGAGAUAAAUGCUUUGUGGUUAAGCACGGGAACCUGUUUGUUGCCGGGACAUCUGUGUGUAAUAUAAACAGACAUGGGACUAGGAACAUACUCUCGUCAGAAGCUUAAUUCUCGGUCAGUUUAUAUAUGGUCGAGCCACAUGAAACUGCCAAGUUUAACCCGAGUUUUGUCAGCUGAGAUGACGGUUUUACAUGGUUGAAUCUAACAGUCAUGGACGUCUUCAGAAGUCUUUGGCGUGGUCUUAAGUAUGAAGGUUUUGUAAUUUGGCCUCCUCUUUCUCAAAUAAAGUAUUUGGUUUAUGAUAA